CACAAUCUGGUGACAUCAUAGCUAUCAUUCAGUCUCAACACUGAACAAGAAACAAGAAUAGAGCUGAAUGGGCUAAGAAAACAGUUUUUGGAUAUUUCGUGGAUUUUGAGAGAAAAAAUGGUGAAGUUAUGAAAAAUUAAAUUUCUCACAAUUUUCGAAAAAGAAGUUCUUAUUAAGUCACUCGCUCAAAUACAAAUACCUUUUUUUGCUAUGUCAUUGUUUAUGAUACCCUGUCGAGGGUGCUUUAAGAGGUACACAGAAAUAAUUACAAAUUUCUGGAGGGACAACAAUAAGCUGUGAGAAGAACAAACUCGUUCAAAUGGGAAGUGAUAUGCAUACAAAAAAAAACAAUGAGAGGAGAUACUACUAACAGGGUUGAGAUGGUGAAUUGAUAAUUGGGACUUGGGAGAAUGUGGAUAUCUGGUAAGCUAAGUGGAUUCCAUAUGGAGACAAAUUUAAAGUCUCUUUUCUAAGUCUCUAUGUUGGGAGAGACUACUUCAGUAGUGGAACUAAUGGAUAUGGAGAUGAAAACUUGGUUGCAUUACUUGCUUCAUUUUUUUCAAUCCUGCAGCCAGAAUCCACAUGAAAAAGAUACCUAUCCCUAGACAACCAUCACCAGAUAAAAGGGUGUGGAGUUGUGAGACGUUAGCUCAGUACAUUGUAAAUUCGGCAUACAAGUUGUGGCAAACUGGAAAUGAUGAAGAAAUCAGAGAGUUAUACUCACGAUGAAACUAGAAAAGGAUGUGGAAUUUGAAAAUCCCUCGAAGGAUAAGAUUUUGCGUUUAAAGGGGAUCUGUAACAUUCUACCUAUUGGGGGUUAGAGUUGUGCAAACGACUCAAAAGAAAAGUGAAGGAUGCCCGUUUUGUGACCUAAAAGAAACAUAUGAACACAUUUUUUUGUGAUUGUGGAUGGGCAUGACGAUUAUGGUGACUUAGCUCACUAAAUAUUAUGUUAUGAGAAGGAGAGAAUCUAACAUGCGGAGGAAUGUUUUUGUGCCCUCCAAGAAAAUGAAUAAACGCAAUAAUCGUCAUAACAUAAUACUAGAAUAUGAAGGAGUUCUUUCUUGAAACGGUGGGGGAGCUUGGUAUAUGAUCACUGGGAAAAUGUACAUUUUUAUACCCUCAUUUCAUGGAAUGCUUUACACGGCGGCUCUACAUAUUUUAUACCAUAUUAACUUGGAUUUGUUGGGUAAUUGCUUAAAUGUAUGUUUAGUAGUCUCUAGAGAUGCUUGGUACCUUUUUUUUUGUAGUAUUCUGUGUAUUUUCAAGCAUUGACACCCUAUUGGACCAUCUUGUAUGAGACGAAAACAUCAAAGACCAGACUACUAGAUAUUAGAAGACCCAUUAUUAAAUCUUUCCGAACAACUCGAGUUACUGAUAUACUAAACGGUCGUGACAAAGAACACAAUUCAAAAGCAAAUGUCUGAUUAAAUCAUGAAUAGUUGUUUGAUACAUAUAGAGUGAUAUUCUUGGUAAUUUUGACAUAUAUUUAAUUUACCAAAUUUUCGUAAAUACAAAAUUAUAUCAUGAAUGAUUUAAAAAGCUAACAAAUAUAUUUUUAUUGUAUGUAUUUUUUUUUUAAAUAAACCACCCUCGACAAAAUCCUGUCCACGCCCCUGAAUGACUGCUCUUAUUUGGGUUCUUUUUGUAACAAUCGUGUUUGUAAGUCGGGCUUGGAUCCUUCUUUUCUUACUUCACAUGUAUCUCGUUGUUACCGUUUUCUUCUCGACUUUGCCCAUUUACAAUCUAAUCCAACUUGUUACAAAAAAGUGCAUUAACCUGUAGAGAAAGGUUGAAUAAUCCCCUUCUUGCCGUUGGCUUUUCUUGUUCCUAAGUUGUAAACCUAUCUUCUCAUUUGAAGUCUAUUACAGGCUGACUAAACAAAGUGUAGAACAAUCAUGUCUAUACCAAGUUCCCCUAUCUACAUUUCUUUCUGAAAAUCAACGGAAGGUCCGGUGAAGGCACAACACCGAUGUAUUUAAUUUCCCAUCAUCUGAAAGUAACAUUUUUUGUUCGCUUCCCGUUUCUCCAUUAGCAACCGAGACAAAUUACAGAUAGCCACAAACCAUGUAGCCACUACAGUCCAGUUUAGGGGCUCAAGAGUUCAUCGCCAUUUUUCAUUGGGUAGAAGAAUAAAACAUCACCAUUUUUUUUUUUACAUAACACAACACCGUGAAUAAUUAAUUAAUUAAUCAUUUCCCAAAUACGAAUACUAAUACCAAAAAACCCACCUUUGGCCUCGGCGAUCUCUAAAACAAAAACCAUCCCCCCAAAAAAUGGCGUCAACGACGACGACCAAGGUCAGCGGCGAAGUGAUCGGAAUCGACCUCGGCACCACCUUCUCCUGCGUCGCCGUCGCCCGCAACGGCGCCAUCGAGAUCAUCGCCAACGACCAGGGCAACCGGACCACCCCGUCCUCCGUCGCCUUCUCCGCCGCCGAGUCCGAGCGCCUCAUCGGCGAGGCCGCCAAGAACCAGGCGGCACUCAACCCUCACCGCACCAUCUUCGACAUCAAGCGCCUCAUGGGGAAGCAGUUCGACGACUCCGACGUCCAGUCCGACCUCAAGUACCUGCCGUACAAGGUUGUCAGCCGCGACGGAAAACCCUACGUCGAGCUCGACGUCAAGGGAAGAGACAGAUCCUUCAGCCCGGAAGAGAUCAGCGCCAUGGUCCUCGGGAAGAUGAAGGAGACCGCCGAGCUCUACCUCGGAAAAACCGUCACCAACGCCGUCGUCACCGUCCCGGCCUACUUCAACGACGCGCAGAGGAAAGCCACCAAGGACGCCGGGACGAUCGCCGGGCUCAACGUCAUAAGAAUCAUCAACGAGCCUACCGCCGGCGCGUUGGCGUACGGCCUGCGGCUGGGCGUGAAGACGAGGAGGAAGAUACUGGUGUACGAUUUGGGCGGCGGGACGUUCGACGUCAGCGUGCUGGAGGUCGAGGGCGACGUUUUCGAGGUGCUGGCGACCGGCGGGGACACGCACCUCGGGGGCGGGGAUUUCGACCAGAGGGUGAUGGAGUACUUCAUCGGGCUGAUCAGGAGGAAGUAUAGCGGGGCUGAUUUGACCUCAGACAGGAAGGCCAUGGGGAAGCUGAGGAGGGAGUGUGAGCGGGCGAAGCGCGUGCUCAGCAGUCAGAGCCAGACGCGCGUGGAGAUCGACUCGCUCGUCCAGGGGAGCGACUUCUCGGAGCCCCUGACGAGGGCGAAGUUCGAGGAGCUGAAUUUGGAUCUGUUCAGGAGGACGCUCGAGGUGGUGGAAGGGACGCUGCGUGACGCCGGGCUCCAGAAGGGGGAGAUCGAGGAGAUCGUGCUCGUAGGGGGGAGCACGAGGAUUCUCAGGCUCAGGGAGAUGCUGAAGGAGAUGUUCGGCGGGAAGGAGCCGAGCAACAAGGUGAACCCCGACGAGGCCGUGGCGUACGGCGCUGCGGUUCUCGGUGCGAGCCUCAGCGACGUACCGGAUCAACAUGAACAUGAUGUUACUUUGCUUGAUGUAACGCCCUUGAGUUUGGGUGUUGCAAUACUUGGCGGUGUGAUGUCUAUAGUGAUCCCAAGAAACACACAUAUUCCUACAAUGAUGACCGACGAAGACUAUGAAACUGUCUACGACCAGCAAACUAGUGCGACUUUUCAGGUAUACCAAGGAGAAAGGCCCUUGGUUGAGGACUGUAUCAAGCUGGGGAGCUUUGAUCUAUCGGGUAUCACACCGGCUCCUAAGGGAGUUGCCAAACUGGAGACCACAUUCGAGAUCGAUGCAGACGGGAUACUAAAGGUGACCGCCAGGGAAACGACGUCGUCGAGAUCGAAAUCGCUCGUGAUAAAGGAUUACAAAGGGAAUCUGACGCAACGAGAGAUCGAGAGGAUGGUGAAGGAUUCGAAGAAGAUGGUCGAGGAAGAUAAGCUGGUGAGGGCUCGUGUGGAUGCCCGAAACCGGUUCGAGCGUUUCGUCUAUGACUUGAGGAACACGGUGAGUGACGGGGACGGCUUGGUGAGCGGGAAGAUGGGUUUGGAGGACAGGAGGAAGGUGGAGCGUGCACUGGAGGAAGCUUCUGAGUGGCUGGAUGAUAACCAUUGUGGUAGCAAGAAAGAUUACGAGAAGAAGUUGAAGAAGCUGACGGAUGUUUGGAACCCUAUCAUUACCAAAGUUUAUAAGCUUAUCAGGUAGGAUUAGGGUUUCUGGCUUUGAGAUUUCAGGGAAUUGUUUUACAUAUGAACCGUGUGUGUGUGUUUGCUAUACAUGUGGUGGAGGUAUUAUCUAAUGUUGAAAAAUAAAUUUUCGUGAUGUAUAAACUUUAAAUAAAUUU